ACAAAAUACACAUUACAGCUGAAAGUCUCUCUGCUGUCAUUCAAACAUUUUCUAUUUUCUUAGUUCUCUACGAUUAAAGAAUGGAAUGAGUAAUACGAUAAAAUGACAAAGCAAAAUAGAGGAUGAAAUAAUUGAAAACAAACGAAAGUAAAAAGUAGAGAAAAAUGUCGACUAAAUUUAUUAAUAGAUUUUUCAUUGGUUUUUGAACAGGCAUUUUAGCAUGAAAUUUUCUAAAUGAGCUUUUCUGAGUUUUCAUGAAGAUUCGGGAAAACUGUCAUUUUGUGCGAGCAACGUAGAAUGUUAUCGAGAAUAUUCGACAGUCAGAAAAUCUAAAAUUAUUCAUGCGCUACAACCUUAUAAAAGUGGCCAGCAGACAGCAGAUGGAAGAUUAGUUAAAUCUCGAAAAAAGGCGUGACAUAAUAUUGUAUUUAUAUACCUUAUUUAACUUUAAUUAUAAUUAUAUUUAAAAGUUUGAUUUAUUACAAAUUAAAUAAUGACUGUUGAAGGCGAAAUAGAAGCUGUUACCUACAAAGACGAAGGCAAUAACGCUUUCAAAUCUGAAAGAUGGGAGGAGGCUGUAAAAUGUUAUACAAAGGCUAUAGCAGCCGGUGAAAAGCAUAAGGAGUUACCCAUUUUUUAUAAAAAUCGAGCUGCAGCUUAUUUAAAACUAGAGAAAUAUCAAGAUGCUCUCAAUGAUUGCACCGAGUCUUUACGUAUUUCAACAAAAGAUCCAAAAGCUUUGUUUCGACGUGCGCAGGCCUAUGAAGCAUUGCAGAAAUUUGAGGAGGCGUACAAAGAUGCUACUGAUUUAUUUAAAGAAGAUCCUACGAAUAAAUCAGUACAGCCGAUGUUGCAACGCUUACAUCGAAUAGUGCAGGAGCGUGUGUCACAAAAUGCAAAAACUUCAACUAAGGUCAAUCAAAUGAUGGAUAUCAGUUUUGAUAUGGGAACUCCUUUAAAUAAACGUCGUUCGGGUGCCAAUAAUUUAUUAGUUCUAGCUAAAGAAGAGGUCGGCGCAGACAUGCUUUUUAAAGCUGGAUGUAUUACGAAAAUUUCUUCAAUUACCAAAAUAGAACAAGACCCCGAAAUUUAUUGCAAUCUAAUUCGAGUCGUUGGUGAGUUAUGUGGUAGAUCCGUGGAUCGAACAAAGGCAGUAUUGAGGGAAUUGGGUGUACCAUGGUUUCUACAUGUCUUAGAUCACAGGCACGAAGAACGUGUUACGGCAGCCCAAUACUGUUUGCAAGCUAUUAUUAAUUCUUUGUCGGGCAUGGAAAACAAGCCAGAAAGCAAGCCAAAAAAAGAACUUUGUGAGCAGAAUAAAAAAGAAAUUGACACACUCCUUACUUGCUUGGUUUACACUAUAACUGAUCGGACUAUUUCCGGGCCGGCACGUGAUGCUAUUAUCGAGUUAUUGACCCGUAAUAUUCACUAUACAGCCCUUGAAUGGGCGGAGAGAUUAGUUGAAAUACGUGGGUUACAUCGGCUAUUGGAAGUAUGCUCCGAGUUGGAGGAAUACAAAUACGAGAGUGCCAUGGAGAUAACACCAUCUUCACGUACAAUUGCUUCGGUGUGCAUGGCUCGAAUUUUCGAGAACAUGUACUAUGAUGAGGCAAGAAAGCGUUAUUCAGAUCAGAUUGAUGAGUAUGUUAAAGAUAAGCUCUUAGAUCCCGAUAUGGAAUCAAAAAUUCGGGUAACUGUUGCUAUUACUUCAUUGUUGUCCGGUCCAUUAGAUGUGGGAAAUCAAAUUAUAGCAAGGGAAGGCAUUUUACAAAUGAUUUUGGCCAUGGCCACCACUGAUGAUGAGUUGCAACAACGCGUUGCUUGUGAAUGUAUUGUAGCUGCAGCUUCUAAAAAAGACAAAGCCAAAGCAUUAUGCGCUCAAGGUGUAGAUAUAUUGAAAAACCUGUAUAAAUGUAAAAACGACAAUAUACGCGUACGUGCGUUGGUUGGUCUAUGCAAACUUGGCAGUUACGGUGGUCAAGAUGCUGCCAUACGACCGUUUGCUGAUGGUGCUACAAGUAAAUUAGCCGAGGCAUGUCGUCGUUUCUUGAUCAAACCUGGUAAGGAUCGUGAUAUUCGCCGUUGGGCUGCUGAUGGGCUGGCCUACCUUACCCUCGAUGCGGAGGUAAAAGAGAAACUAAUUGAGGACAAACCAGCAAUUCAUGCUCUCGUUGAUUUGGCACGCUCCGGCGACCAGUCUUGUCUUUAUGGAGUAGUCACCACAUUUGUUAACCUCGUUAAUGCCUACGAGAAGCAAGAGAUGUUGGAGGAGAUGAUAGAACUAGCGAAAUUUGCCAAGCAUCAUAUACCAGAAGAACAUGAAUUGGAUGAUACGGACUUUGUAAACAAGCGCAUUACUAUUCUUGCUAAUGAAGGUAUAACAGGAGCAUUAUGUGCACUUGCUAAAACCGAGAGUCACAACUCUCAAGAGCUUAUUUCCCGAGUACUAAACGCUGUAUGUGGUUUACAAGAGCUACGGGGUAAGGUUGUGCAGGAUGGUGGAGUCAAAGCAUUGUUACGAAUGGCGUUAGAGGGUACAGAAAAAGGAAAACGUCAAGCUUCACAAGCGUUAGCGCGCAUCGGUAUUACAAUCAAUCCUGAGGUAGCGUUUGCUGGACAGCGUAGUUUGGAUGUUAUAAGACCACUGUUGAAUUUACUGACCCAAGAGUGUACCGCAUUGGAGAACUUUGAGUCGCUUAUGGCACUAACAAAUUUGGCAGCGAUGAAUGAGAGUGUAAGGCAACGUAUCGUUAAGGAGCAGGGUGUUUCGAAAAUCGAAAUUUACCUGAUGGAAGAUCACUUAUACCUAAAGCGGGCAGCGGCACAAUGCAUCUGUAAUAUGGUUAUGUCGGAUGAGGUUGUGAAGAUGUUCGAAAAACCUAACGAUCGUGUUAAGUUUCUUGCAUUGCUAUGUGAAGAGGAAGAUGAGGACACUGCAAAAGCUUGUGCUGGGGCAUUAGCUAUGUUAACCUCAGUUUCCAAAGUAUGUUGCGUAAAAAUAUUAGAAAUUAGUUCUUGGCUACAUGUUUUGCAUACGUUAAUUGCCAAUCCAAGUCCCGAUGUCCAACAUCGUGGCGUGGUAGUUAUAUUAAAUAUGAUCAAUGCAGGCGAGGAUAUUGCCAAGAAGCUUUUCGAAACAGAUAUUAUGGAACUUCUUAGUGGUUUGUCACAGUUGCCAGAUGACACUCGUAAUAAAGCUCGGGAAAUCGCUCAACAGUGCCUAACUGCAGCAGAGCGCUAUAAUCUUAUUGAAAGGUCGGUUGAUGCCGUGGUGCCAGAUGUGUUCCAAGAGGCGGCGCGAGUUGAAAUAGACGAGCAAUAAACUGCCUCUUACGUCUUAUGGAGAGAUUACAAUAAGUGCCAAAAGAAUUGUAUCCGUAAUUACUUAUGUGAAUAUUUUUAAGCUAUUACAAUAUACACGUUGCUCUUUUAGUUUUGUACUAGUACUAGUAAACAAUCAUUUAUUCAUUUUAUCAUUAAAAAUUUGUAUGAAAUUGCAGAAAUUUUAUCCUUGAAAAUUAUACGGAACAAAUAGUAUUUACAUACUCAAACAUAUGUGCAUGAAUGCAUCUUUUCAAUCUGUCUAAAUUAAUGCGUAUUGCAUUAGGUUAAAUAUAAAAGCAUCUUAUAUACAUACUUAUUUCUUUAAUAUUUGUUUUUGUUUCUCAACGAUAUUUUGUAAAACUGCUUGGUGAUUGAGAAGAAUAAAAAUAUUUAAAAUUGCUUACAUCAACAUUAACUUCAAUUGCACUGAAGCUGUAAUACCCUUUACAAAUAAUGGUUCGCGAAUAUACAGACAGACGGACAUGGCUAAAUAGACCCAGUUUGUCACCCUGAUCAUUUAUAAGUAUAUUUUAUAGAGCCUCCGACGUUUUCUUCUGGAGAAUUAAGUAACUACUAGUAAUUCAAAUAAGAUAUAACAUACUGUAUAGCGCUUAGGCCAAACACAUUGCGACCAUUAAAAAGGCAGACAAUUUGUAUGUAAAUGGGUACCUACCAGCAUUAAUGAAUGAUAGCAAGAUCAAACCUUUAGACACUUUAUCUAAUAUUUAUUUUAAAUAAAUAAAUUAUUUAUGCCAAUAGUAAAUCAAUUAAUCCAUAUCUUCAAAGUAUUCACGUACAUAUAUAUUUAUAAUGAAAUAAAAUUUACAAAUUCUAAUAUAAUUUCAAUUAUUUAUGAACACUUCAUGUAUUUAUAUUACAAUUGUUUUUUAAAUUGAGUUGUAGCUGUUUAUUUAAAUAUUUUUAUAACUGCUCCAUUUUGAUACACAGUCAAUAUCGUAUCCCUGGAAUGUUAACAUUUUCAAUUAAAAACAAAUUAAGACGUGCUUAUUUGAAAUAAUUGUAAGAUAUGAUUUCGGCAGCAGUAUUUGUUUGAUUUUGGGAAUGUGUGCAAAUUAAAAACCAAAGUUUAAAGAAAUACUUUAUUAAAUGAGUCGCUUUAAAAUGUAUAAUACCAUACUUUCAGUGAGGUUUUAUAUUAAUUCGAAAUUUUAUUGAAAAAAUUAUAAAUUUUUGAUUUGGUCGUCAAUUUCAGCGAAUACGAUUGAUUCGAUUUGAUUGCAAUAAUACCGAACACGACGUACAUUACUUAAAGGAUGCAGAUAUGUAAUUCUGUUUUCACGGAAAUAUACAAUUUUUAUAUAUGUAUGUUAUAUAAUCACCUGAUACAAUUCAAGAAACCGUUUUAAUAAAAUUAAAACUUUAACUACAUUUUAUUUACUCUUUAAGUAUUUACUUGACUAGAGAAACAAUCCAAUCGGCAUUUCGUAAAACUUGAUUUAUCUUAAAUAAGAAUACCUUAAUGUACAUAUGUAUGUACUUAUAAAUACAUUGUAUUUAUUAUAAUAGAUAAAUUUACAACAAAAUUAAUUGUGAACAAAUUAUAGCACAGUGCAUGCGCAUAUACUUGUAUGUAUAUGUAAAAUGUGUGUAUGUACUCUGUAAAAAAUUAACUUACAGCUAUUCCUAAUUGUGUUUUUGUUUACAACUUAAAAUGAUAAUUUUUAUAAGCCAAAUUGAUAUUGCACAAAACGCAAACAAUUCAGGUUAUUCGAAUCAUUUUAGUUUAUCCAGCAACUUCUUUAAUUACUUGCACACAUUGCACAUAACUGUAUCCAAAUAAUGGUCUUCAAAUUGUUAUAAUAAAAAUACUGAGACUAUAUACAUUCAAA